AUGAGUGGUCCGGAGCUUGGCAAUGCCUUAAUGUUGAAUCAAGCCCAAUCCAACUCUUUGGUGGUUGAAACUUACAAACGCUGGGUCGAAUCGGAGUCGAAUUGUCGUAGGUUUGAGCGCGAGAUCGCUUCACUGAAGAAUGAGGAGAGUAUCUGGUCGAAGACCAAACAAGAGAUCUCAACCCUUCGUUCUCAAGUAGGUCGACUGAAGGAGGAGGUAUCUGAGGUGAAAGAAGUUAGCAAGGCUUCACAAGCUUCUGCCGCGGCCGCCUACGAGGCUCGUGACAAAGCUAUCCAUGAUCUUGAGGGUAUGAAGCUGAAGUUUGAGGUCUUGGAGAAAAAACUGUCUGAUGUGGAAAAGAGAGGCAAAGCUGAGCUGAAGGAAAUGCAAACGUCUUAUGAUCAACUUUUGGCCGAUCAUCAUCGACUGAUUAAUGAUAAGGACGAGCUUGAAAGGGCUCGUGACAGGGCCAUCGAGUCGCACAAGGCAACGAUCGAUGAAGCGAAAAGCAUGCUAACUCAUUGUGACGGUGAAAUGGUUGAGCUGUAUGCCCAGGUGUCGGAGCUCAUGCUUACCAAGCAAUGGUUUUUGACGGAUGGGGUUGCUUGGGUGGUCAAGUUGGUGCAUCAGAGCCCUGAGCUGGAGAAAGUUGUCGCGGACUUGGUUAAUAGCGUCAAUGCUGUUGGAGUGAAUGAGGGAAUUAAACAAGGGUUUCAAGCCGCCAAGGACUCGGUUCGUUCUGCCGAAGAGGUUCUGGGGUAUGACGAGGGAGCUAAGGACGUGUUAGAUGCAGGGAUAAAGGCCUUCGACAAUUUUCAUAUCUCUGUCCUUGGCAAAGUUGCAGAUUUAGUAGAUAAACCCUUGUCCGUCAUCAAACAGAGGAGUGAACUUCCCAUCGUGAAAGAAGAUUAUGAAGCUUGA